CUCCGCCUCUUCCUGUAUGCAGAUCCAACCUGAGGACAGCACAUGUGAGGAUCAGAGCAGAGAGCAGACAGACGGGAAGACGGACGCAGAGAGACCCUCCACCUGGACAUGGACCACCUGAUGCUGCUGCUGCUGCUGUGGAGCUCAGGACUCCAGGCUGAAGGAGAACUCAACUCAACAGAGUCUUUCAGGUUGGUGGGAGGAGCCAGUCGCUGUGGAGGAACACUGGAGGUGAAACAUAACGGAGAAUGGAGACCAGUGAGUUACUAUGACUCUGGCUGGACCCUGAAAAGAGCAACUGCCGCCUGCAGAGAGAUUGACUGUGGCUCUGCUGUUUCUGUAGACAGAGAAGUGUCUUCAGCCAGAUCUGUGUGGGGGAUCAGGUCUGACUGUGUUGAGUCUGGAUCUGCUCUGAGGGAGUGUGCAACAUCAGAUUCCUCUUCUUUCUUAUUUGAGCUCACCUGUUCAGGUAAGCCUGUCCCCGUGGUGCGAUAA